AUGCGAUUCAGCUUUAUAAACCAGGGUGGGCUGGCAAGCUUUCUUCCCUCCAUGUCUCCAGCCGGGGCUAAUCCCCGUACGGGUUCUUUGGGCCAGUCUGCGACCAUGCACAUCCCCCCGCGGGCCCAUUCCUCUCGACUCCCGCCUAGUGCAAGGUCACUUUCUGAGGCACCAGGGCGUGGAGGGACAUCACCUACCUCUACUUUUCUUUCGAGAAGCAACAAUUCUUCUCCUGGUCAACUUAUCAGUGUAACAUCCACUCAGACCUCUAAGCCAACCGGAGCGGAUGCGACAUUAACGACUUCAGACGAUAUCCAAACUAACACUGCGAGGACAGAUCAUCCUUCUCCUCCCUCGGAGAAAUCUAUGCCCGCUGGCACAGAGACCAACUCUCCCGAGUCAGCAUCACCUUCUCAUUCUUCGACCACAUCUCAUUCCGACGCUCUUAUGAUUGCACCACAAACUUCCACCACCACGUCAACGAUUGACGAUCAUUCCCAGACCCAGAUUUCAUCAUCCAUCAACGCCACUCCGCCCUCUCCCAUCCCGACGCCGUCAGUUGUGGCAUCCUCUACAAGUGCACAUCAUCCUGUAUCGUCAGACAAAUCAACCUCCAUCCAGUUGAACAGUUCUCAGACCUUGACCGUCAGCUCCUCGAAGCCUACCGGCAUCUUUUUUGACGACCUUUCAAUUACCGCACCGCCCUCGUCGCCUACGGAAAUCAAUCCCGGAACCAACAGUACAUCCACUAUCUCCAACGCCACGAACCUGGCCACUGAAUCGAUAGUCUCUCCUAAUUCGACCACCGAAGGGCAUGUCGCCUCUUUGAUAUCUCCGACGAGAACGAAACCUGGCCGUUCACAUGAGGGUCUGUCCGCUAGCGCGAACUUCACGCCUCUCAAUUCAACGAACGCCGAGAACACAAUUUCUCCUUCCACCCUAUCCACGGCUCUUACUACCUCACGGCACCGGCACCCUCUUCCCAUUCCCCUUCCAAUUUUGACGGGAACACGAACACGACGACCUAGCAAGUCAACCCAAACAUCGUUGACGUCGCUGCUCACCUCCUCCGCAGCCGCAACCAUAUCUUCUCCAUUAACAAAUCCGCCAACGGAGUCCCCGACAACAACUUUGAAUUUUGUUUCCUCCCAAUUCGUUUCAACUGAAACUCGGAGUCGUCUACUCAUCCCCUCCAUCCCCUCUGUCAUUAUCUCGAACCUUCCGACUCUGUCUGCAUUGCUUGCUCUUGCUUCGCCUUCAAGUUCUCCGAUACCCGUUACUAAUUCCACCACUCCUUCGGGCUCGUCGACAACCACUAGCAUCCCGACCUCGCGAGCACCGACAGACAAGGAUGAAUCGGACCCGACUUCCAGUACUGUAGGACCUUCCACAUUAUCUUCGUCCGCACGUUCGACGCCACCGACUUCUGUUCCCCCAAUCACUGUUACUACCUCGUCUCCUGAGCUGAGUGGAACAACUUCGACUCCUUCUAACCUGCCGAACACGCCGACCGUAACGAGCACCACUAGCUUGGUGGUUACGGGUCCUCCAACAACCGCUUCUUCAAGUUCACGAACAUCUUCAACUACAUCUAAGUCAAGUAGAACUACAGGAGCCUCUUUGACAUCAAUCUCUGCGACCAGGGUCUCCGACACAACACAAUCAUCGCUCACUUCGCGCUCGUCUAACCGUCCCAGUCCUUCGACAGAUACAUCCACAUUCCCGAGCACAGAUGCUGUGUACUAUCCCGACCCAAGCAACCGCAGCGUGCUCGUCUACGGUUCUCAAGUCGUCCGCCCCCACUUCGUCGGAAUGUCUACGAUGGGCAUUGUCUUCUUUGUCUACUUACUCGCGGCAGCCUUUUCUGUGGUUCUAGUACGUCGGCGCCAUUACAGAGGUUAG